AAUAGAAAAUCUCACGGCGUCGUAUUGGUAUUGGAUGGAAUGAUUCAGUGUACGGAAUUCGAUGAGUAUUCUUAUCAAGAAAUGAUUUCCUUUCUGCCUCUUUUCAGUCACCCAAAACCACAAAGGGUGCUAAUCGUGGGCGGCGGCGAUGGCGGAGUUGCUAGGGAAGUAGCGAAACACCCAUUGGUCGAAAUCAUUGACCAAGUGGAAAUCGAUGAACGCGUAAUUGAAUUGUCGAAGAUAUAUUUACCGUUUAUGGCUCAAGGAUUCGACAGUCCCAAAGUCAACCUGCACGUAGCUGAUGGUUUCAAAUUCAUGGAAGAACACUUUCAAUACUACGACGUCAUUAUAACCGAUUCUUCUGAUCCCAUAGGUCCGGCUGUUUCGCUAUUCCAAAAGUCUUACUUUGAAUUGAUGAAACGUGCUCUGCGUCAAGGUGGCAUCGUGUGUUCACAAGCAGAUACAUUCUGGGGACAUUUGAAAAACUCGACAUCAAUGCACAACCAUUGCAAAGAGAUAUUCGCCAAGGCGGCGUAUGCGACAUCCUAUGUAUCUACUUACCCGGCUGGUCAGAUCGGUUUCGCACUUGGAAGUCUUGACGAGAAUACUGACUUUUCAAAUCCAGUACAAAAGUUGACUAACCAACAGCGAAAGGAUAUGAAGCUUCGUUACUACACUACCGACAUUCACAAAGCAGCGUUCGCACUGCCAGCGUUUGUCAUCGACGCUCUCGACGACUCUGAAAACAAUUUGUUGUUAUAAUAAUAUUACGUGUAUUUUGUAUUAUGUAUCAUCAGUGCCUAUUACAUGAAGCCUAUAUUAAUUUUCUUUCUAAUAUGGUACGAUAAUACGAUACCUAUAUCAUGUAACACACGAUUAAAAUAGUGUAUGAUUUAAAUAAAUUAUCCGUUUUGGUUGUUAAUUAUUGUUCUAUAAUAUCUUACUUAACAGUUAGGCGUAGGUACCUUAUUA